AUGAAUACUAUUAAUGAUACUAAGACCAACAAUGAAGGUACUACUACUAGUAGUACCGACUCACCUCUUCUGUUUGCGGAUGAUUUAGUUUGGAGUGGCCAGAUUCUAUCGUUUGUGGUUGCUAGUACCGGUACUCCUUCUGCAGCUGCCAAUAGCAGCACCGCUAAUAACAAUAAGAAACAGAAGAUGUCUCCUCCCUUCGAAUCUCUUUUGUUGGCUGAUGACGGCCUUUCGAUCCAAGGUAUUCUCCCUUUUAUUGGUGUUGGACAGUAUGCUUUUGUAGGAGCUGUGAACAAGAAGAUGAAUCAACUGUACAAAGAGUACUGCAAAAUUGAACUAAAGAAUAAUCCAAGAAAGGUUAAGUCUAACCCUGGAGAUUAUUCUGUCAGGCGCUCUGCAGAAAUCACCGACACUCUUUGCAGCGAAACAUUCUGUAAUCUACCCCGUGCAGAAUACUGGUUCAAGGACAAUUCUAGCAACAAAAAGCCUGGUCGCCAUCUUGUUUGUGCUGCCAUUGCCAAAAUUGGAAAUAUUAUGGUCAUGAAAUGGGCACGGCAACAAGGAUUCUAUUGGAGUGAAAAUACAUGUGCUGCAGCGGCUAGAAAUGGACAUUUUGAAUUACUCAAAUGGCUGCAUGCAAAUGGCUGUCCAUGGAAUGCAUGGACAUGCUACAAUGCUGCUUCAAAUGGACAUUUCGAAGUUUUGAAGUGGGCUCGUGAAAAUGGUUGUCCAUGGAGUGCAUAUACAUGUCCUCACGCUGCUGAAAAUGGGCAUUUGGAGAUUUUGAAGUGGGCUCGUGAGAAUGGGUGUCCAUGGAAUGCAGACACAUGCUCAAGUGCGGCUAAAAGUGGCCAUUUGGAUAUUCUGAAGUGGGCUCGUGAAAAUGGUUGUCCAUGGAAUUGGCAGACAUGUACAGUUGCUGCUGAAAGUGGACAUUUGGAAAUUUUAAAGUGGGCUCAUGAAAAUGGUUGUCCAUGGGAUGAACGGACAUGCGAGAAGGCUGCCGAAAAUGGACAUUUGGAUGUUUUAAAGUGGGCACAUGAAAAUGGUUGUCCAUGGGAUGAAGAGACAUGUCAAGAGGCCGCCGAAAAUGGACAUUUGGAUGUUUUAAAGUGGGCUCAUGAAAAUGGUUGUCCAUGGGAUGAAGGGACAUAUCAAGCUGCCUGCAUGAAUAACCACAGCGAAGUGAUCCAGUGGCUACGUGACAAUGGUUGCCCUGGUUCUCAUGAUGAAGGACACGAAGAUCAUUCAUGGUAA